AUGUCAGGAAGAGUUAGAAAGGGUCAAUACUAUAAUCCUAGGGAUAAAAAAAGAAAGGAAAUCGAAAAGUCUUUAGUUCAUAAGUCUAAUUUAAGAAAGAAAUACUUUAAACUUCUUGAAAAAGAAGGCCAGAAGGUACCGGAAAAGAAGACCAAAGCCGAAAGAAACAAUGAAGUGAAGAAUGAUGCUGUUGAAGAUGAGUACGACUCUGAAGCUGAUAAAGACUUUGAAGAAGAAAAGGAAGAGUCAAAAUACAGAAAGUCAAGAUAUGAGCCGACCAGACAGUUGACUUACGAAGAGAGAUCUGAACUUAUCAAACAAAGAAGAACCGCUAAGCGUGAAGAAGCGAUGGAAAAUAUUAGAACACAGCGAAAAAUUAUUGCCCAAAAAAACCAAGAUAGAGAGAAGAAGAAAAGACUGUUCAAUAAGAAGACAAAGAAAGGUCAACCGUCUUUUGCCCCAAGAAUAAACAACCUUCUUGACAAGAUUAAGAAAGAUGUUGCUGAAAAUUAG